AUGGACGGCCGCCACGCUUUCACCCGGCUACUCGUCGCGCACGCACACAAGGCGGCGAACCACGCUAACCGAGAGCAAGUUGUCAACGACCUGAAACAGAAGUUCUAUAUCACACGUAUACGACCUACAGUACGAGCCGUGGAGCAUUCAUGUCAACUCUGCAAAGUGAAGAAAGCCAGACCGAGACCGCAAGUUCACGGAGACCUGCCCUACGAAAGACUCGCAGCGCACGCGAGGCCAUUUAGCUACACGGGCCUCGACUUUUUCGGCCCUAUAGAUCUCACCGUCGCUAUCUACGGAUUCCGCUAUUAUGUGCCUACGGCGGAUGGCGGCGCGGCGGGGGUGGCCAGUAACGGGACGAACUUUCAUGGCGCGGACGAAGAGCUGCGAGCAGCGCAGCGAGAGUGGGGUCCACAACUCAAGGACUUCGCUCUACUACAACGAACGAACUGGAAAUACAUCGCACCCGGGGCACCGAAUCAAGGUGGAGCAUGGGAGCGGCUAAUACGCUCGGUUAAGACAGCGUUAGUCGCCACACUACACGAGCGCUACCCCAGGGACGAAGUACUCGCCACAUUACUCACGGAGGCAGAGUACACGGUCAACGCACGCCCUCUCACUCACGUGCCAGUUGAACCAGGAGACAUGGAGGCGCUAACACCGAAUCACUUCCUACUGGGGACCUCCGGCGGCCUACCCACUACCGGGCCGUGCAGGGAGGUAGACAGGAGGACCUGGAGAGCCACGCAGGCGCUGGCUGACGUGUUUUGGCGUCGAUGGCUAACGGAGUACCUACCUACACUCAUACCACGUGGAGGCACACGGAGCGGGCGCGGAGCGGACCUGAAAGUUGGUGACGUCGUGAUUAUCACUGAUCCAGUACUGCCGAGGAACAUCUGGCCACGAGAGUCGCUGACGUACGAACAAGAGGAGGGAUAUUCCGCCGACCUCUACGACCGUCUCGCCGUCCUCCCGGUGAAAGAAGGCUGCGAAGAUCUACGCCGAGGGGAGGAUGUUACGGACAGCCGAGAAGAGGAGGUCGCGGGCUAA